CUCUGUUUGUCUGCCUGUGUUAUAUUUGUGGGUGUAUAUGCUAGAAAGUUAUCACCUUGAUCAUCUUUGUUAAGAAAUCGGCCAAACCAACAAGCACAACGCUCGAACAUCAAUCAAGAAAAGAAAAUACAACUCAAGACACUUAGAUUUUUAACGCAGUUCUCCAACAACUGUGUAGCUGAGUAUGUCCGCAGGUCACACUAGUUUCCACUAUGUAUUGAACCAAGAACGGAGAUUAAAAGUUACAUUGGCUGCAUGGAGCAAGUAUUUAUAAUAUAGGAUUUAUCUCACCGAUUAUCGUGAUACCCCUGUAGGGGUUUUGCAGGGCCCCCCAUCCCUGGCGGUCGGUGCUGCCCCUGAACCCCCGCGACCUAACCCUGAAUAGUCGCGUGACUCACACUUAGUCAGGCUCCAGCCCGGCAGUCUUCUCCUCCUUGUUUUUAGUUUGAGGUGUCUAUAGAGUUUGUGCACUAGUUGUUGCCUCAAAUUGCCAUUGUUUGGUCUUACUCUGAUUUAAAAAAUUACUGUACUUCAGGCUCCCUUUGGAGAGUUGUGUGUAUUAAAUCUCGGGAUUUAAUAUUCAAUGAGAGUAAUUCCAGCCGAAUUAUUCAUUUCCGUAGCCAAUGUACCCCGAAAAAUAUCAUCUUUAUUUUACCGACCGGUUGUUUGUUUCUCCAAACCCCAAUGAUUGGUUGAUGAUGUGGCAUUCUUCCAUUUCUUCACCUAAUUUGCCUGGUCUUUAGCAGCCAAAUCAUAAAAAGGCUAAACGUAUGGCCAAUUGUAGCCCCAAGAUGACUAAGAUGGAUUAGAGCUAGAAGAGAUGUAUCUUGUUGGAACUUGGAACCUUAAUAUCAUGGAUUCUUAUCACUCUUAGAUAAUUAUUUCAUAUCUAUCUUGAUAAUACUCCCAAACUCGAUACUCAUGUAAGCAAUCAUUUCCAAAAUGUGUGUAAUUUUCAUUCAAUAACGAUGUAGAAUCCCUUGAUUUGAAAUCCACGCCUAUUCAAACAUAGCCUUAGUUAAGUUUGGUAUUAGCGGUUGUUUUAGCUGCAACGACCUUUUGAGCGAAUGGAGCCUGCCUUUAUCUUUGCCUGAUGCAUGAAGUUGUAUAAACAUAUUUUGAUAUUGUGACUGACUACAGAAAACUUUGACAAUUCUUUCUUUCUAUUUUUGGUGUUGAAGUUAGUGGAGUUGUUUGUUAUUCAUGGAUAGAAUAGUGGUAUGCACAUGCUUACUGGUCUGAUUUAGAGGGGAGAGUUUAGUUGAGAGGAGUUGGGGGCAAAUUCGUGUUAGUUGUAUAAGGGAUACCGAUGACAGGAUGUUUUCUCCUACAGUGUCCUGAUUGACUACCGUCAGAAAGGUUCGAAGGCUCCAUAUUGCAGUUCCUUAGAGACUUUCCACCCUACAACUCCUUUUUUGGUAUGCACACGUUUGCUUAGUUUCUUUGAUUGCUUUUUGAGUAGACAAUAUCUAAGUCAAGAAUUUAAUCUUCCCAUUCUUGAAACUGGCCUCAGAGGAAAAAUGUAAAUAUCAUGCUAAAUAUUGCCCAGUCGUGUCAUCUUCGUUACUAGACUAUUAUCUGAUAGUUGCAUGGAUAUGGCUACGUUUUCCCCUUUAAUGGGCUCUUGAUACUUGAAUUGCGGCAGCGGAUCAUGUUACAAACUGAGGGCUAGUGCCUUUGCAUUCCAAGGUUUUCUGUUCAGGUGGUGAUUGUUCCCAUGCUGUGCUGCAAUCUCUGUUAUGCAUGCAUGCCUCGUUAUCCAUUUCCGCCGAUGGUUCGACCAACAUAUCCUCCACGUCCACCUGGUCCCAUCAUGCCACCACAGUUACGUCCCCCUGUUAUGGGGAUUCGUGGUCCCAUUAACCCUCCUCUUAUUAGGCCAGUGGCCAGUCCAAGUAUUACACCAACAGAUAAAUCACAAACUACAGUGUAUGUUGGCAAGAUAGCAUCAACAAUUGAAAAUGAUUUUAUCCGCUCUCUCCUUGAGCUCUGUGGACUUGUCAAGAACUGGAAACGUGCCCAAGAUCCCACCGAUGGCACACCUAAAGGUUUUGGGAUUUGUGAGUUUGAUUCUGCUGAAGGGGUUCUACGUGCAUUGAGGCUGCUAUGUAAAUUGAAUGUUGAUGGACAAGAGCUGAUGAUAAAUAUUGCACCAGCAACGAGAGAGUAUCUUGAGCGUUAUGUUGAAAAGAAAACUGAAAGCUCAAAGAAACUCAAAGAGACUGAAAGUGAAGGUGCCGAGAAAGAGGAAGAGGGUGCACCAAGUGCUGAGAAGAGUGAACCUCCAAAGCCCUCUGGUGAGGACGUUAAAAAAGAUGACAAAGAUUCAACUAAAGAAGAAACUAAUGACACUGCUAGUUUUGGUAUUGUGACUGAUGAAGACCGAGAAGCUGAUCGAGAGGCUCUAGAGAAGCUUACAGGUAUGAUAGAAGAGAGAUUAAAGAACAGGCCUCUACCUCCACCACCUCCGCUGCCAGCUGCUGAUGCUUCCGGUCACUCAAACUCCGAGCAGCCAGCUGGAUCAAAGGAUGGGGACUCUGAUGUGGAUACACCAAGAAAUGGUGAGACUAAUAUAAGGGAUAUAGGGAGCUCUAUCACGUCGUAUUCGAUAGUUGAGUUGAACAAAAUUGUUGAAAUAAGUGUUACUGCCAAUAUAGAUUAUGUUUCCUUUGAAAUAGAUUUGUACAAGGUUCGUUUGAUAUCCUUUGUCCCCCUUUUGCUUCGUCUCAUCUAUUUUGGUGAUGCAGCUGAAGAUAAAAAUGACGAUGAGAUGACAAGUGACAGCAAACCUACAAGUGAGCAUGACAAGCCUGAAACAAGUUCACCUGAUAGGAGUAGAAGACAUGAUAGGAGGAGCAAAGAAAGGGAACGAGAUUUGAAACGGGAAAAGGAAAGGGAACUGGAAAGGUACGAAAGAGAAAGGGAGCAGGACCGAGCUAGGAGAGAUAGGGAGAGAGAUUACAAGAUUAAGGAAGAUGACCGUAGGUACAAGGCACGUGUUAAGGAGUGGGAAUCCAGAGAGAGGGAGAAAGAGUAUGUGCGGAAGCUGGAGAAAGAAAAGGAGAAAGAGAGAGAGUAUAAGCGGAAACGGGAAGUUUUGGAUCAAGAGGAUGAAAUUGAUGUUAGUGAUUCGAAAAGGAGGAAACACAAGAGCAGUGGCUCAGAGGAGAGAAGAAGGCGGCUAAGGGAGAAGGAAGAGGACUUCGAUGACAGACUUAAAGAAGAGGAAGAAGUUGCUGAGGCCAAGAGGAGGGCUGAGGAGGAACUUCAGAAACAAAAAGAGAGAGACGCGCUAGAAAUUCCACCUGUUGAUCAUUUUAUAAACGGUGGUGAUAAAGCCGUAUUGCCUGAUGAAACUAAUGUGGUGAUCAAAGAUGAGGCUGCUGAAGAAACUUACAAUGGUGAUUAUGGAGGUGAGGUUACAGAAAAUGGCAAUGGGGAUGAAUCAGUCGCUGGAUCGAAUGCUGCCUUAGACACUCGACAUGAUAGCAAUUCAUCUUCUAAAAAGUUGGGAUUCGGUCUUGUGGGGUCAGGAAAACGAACUGCUGUCCCCUCUGUUUUCAAUGAAGAGGAAGAUGAGGAUGCGCGGAAGGAUAAAAAGAUGAGGCCUCUGGUUCCCAUUGAUUACUCAACUGAGGAGCUGCAGGCUGUCCAAUCUACCAUUUCUGGGGCACCAUCUCCAAAUUUGGCUGCAGCAGCAGAAUUUGCGAAACGUAUCUCCAGUGUUACCAAAGAAGAGAAGCCUGAUGCAGAAAAAGAAAGAAGCAGGCGUUCUCAUGAUAGGUCUAGCCUAAGGGAUAGAGGGCGGAAUGAAGAUGAGACUAGUCGCAGCAGAGAUGAGGGUAGAAAAGACAAUUAUGUGCGGAGCAGGGAUAGGGAACAAGGACUGGAUAAAGCUAAGACACCAGAUAAUCAGAAGCUCUUGGAUGCAAAGCAAUUGAUUGAUCUGAUACCGAAGACCAAGGAUGAAUUGUUCUCUUAUGAGAUUAACUGGGCCAUUUAUGAUAAGAAUGAGCUGCAUGAUAGAAUGAGACCGUGGAUCUCUAAGAAGAUAACAGAGUUUUUGGGCGAGGAAGAGACCACAUUGGUAGACUUCAUUGUGUCCAGCACGCAGGAACACGUUAAGGCAUCCGAAAUGCUGGGGAGGCUCCAGUCUAUCUUGGAUGAUGAAGCUGAAAUGUUCGUGCUAAAGAUGUGGAGGAUGCUUAUUUUUGAAAUCAAGAAGAUAGAGACCGGUCUUGCUUUGAGGUCUAAAACCUGAUAAAUCUCAGGUGCAUGGGCCUUCCCUGUAGCUGGAAUUUGUUUAGAAUUACUUGUCCUGAUAUUAUUUCUUGAACUCCGUGCAUUUUAUAAGAAAGCAGCAUUUCUCCUUAGGAAUAAUGGUUUGUUUUAGUUUGUAAUGCUUUAAAAUCAAUUCCAAUCAAUUUAGCUGCGAUGUCAAUUCCUUUUA